UUUAUCCAGCCAAAUCUGACAUACAGCAUCUGCAAAACAAAUUUCCAACGCGGAUGUGGUGUGGUGGGAAGGAGGACGCUGAUUGGGUAAAUCAGCGACGUCGUUGACGCCAUACAGGAAGCUUUUGGAGCUUGACCGUCAGAGCAUUUUUUGCAGCAGCAUCAUCAACCUAGCUAACCUGACACUAAAUAUGCCAAGAGCUGAGGUGCAAUUCACGGUACUAAUUCAGGGCUGGGACAUGUGGUGAUGAGCGGUAUGCCAUGCAGAGGAGACACAGCAGCAACACGGAUGGCAUGCCCUCUGAAAGACUGUGCACGCCACGGCACCAGCCUGCAAUUUGAAGUACAGUGUGUUGUUCAAGCAAAGAAGAAGAAGAGCAGAGUGUCAUCGUCUGUGGAAAUAUUGGAUCAUAUACUGUAUACAUGUAUCACUCCUGGCAGAGAGUAGUAGUACCUGUGAGAGCACAGAAAUACCUUUUGAAGAUGAGGAGCCGAAGCCAAACUCUGGGAUCAGAGAGCAGCCUGGAUGAGGGUGGUGUGUUUGACUGCCUGAAACCCGACUCACCCAAUUCACCCCAGCAGAUCUUCUCCGGCCUGGUCGGCGUCCCCUCCGGCUCUGUCUCCUCUGCCCAAUUCCAGGCAGCCGGUUUAGUCCUGGGCUCUCCCCCUGAAGUUUUUAUCCAGAUGACCGCGUCGUCCAGAGAAGAAGGAGGCCCCCACCGCACGGAGGGGGGACCUUUUCUCCCUCGGCCACCCCCGCACCACCACCAUCACCACCACCACCACCACCCCUACCACCACCAGCCCCUGCAGCACAGGACCUCCUCUCUGCUCCAGCAGGCCACCACGGCAGCGGGCUCAGAGAGGCACAGCUCCAGAGAGGAAGCACAGGAAGACCCGUCCACCCCAGCACCAGCCCUGUCUGAGUUGAAGGCAGUAGUGACAUGGCUGCAGAGAGGCUUCCCCUUCAUCCUCAUUCUGCUGGCUAAAGUCUGCUUCCAGCAUAAGCUAGGUAUUGCUGUGUGUGUGGGCUUGGCCAGCACAUUUGCCUAUGCCAAUUCUACAUUUAGGCACCAAGUGUCCUUACGGGCGGAACGUUCUAUACUUGUUGCUCUGUGGCUCAUCAUGUUCCUGGCAGGGAAUAUAAUGUAUAUAUACUACACAUUCAGUCAUGAGGAGCUGCACAACAGCCUCAUAUUUGCCAAGCCCAACCUCGACAGCUUUGAGUUCUUUGAUCUGAUCUGGGCAGUGGGCAUCACUGACUUUGUCCUGAAGUACUUCACCAUCGGCCUGAAAUGCUUUGUCCUCUUUUUGCCCAAGAUUCUCCUGGCCUUCAAAUCAAGGGGUAAGUUCUACUUGCUGAUCGAGGAGCUGAGCCAGCUGUUUCGGGCCCUGGUGCCCAUCCAGCUGUGGUACAAGUACAUCAUGGGAGAAGACCCGUCCAACAGUUACUUCCUGGGAGCCACACUCAUCAUCAUCUACAGCCUCUGCAAGUCCUUUGACAUCUGUGGACGUGUGUCUGCCAUACGCAAGGCCUUGGUCAUGCUCUGCAGCUCCCAGAAUUACGGAAUGAGGGCAGGCAGUCAGCAGUGCAGCGAGGCGGGCGACGUCUGUGCUAUUUGUCAGGCAGAUUUCAGAGACCCCAUAGCCCUUCUCUGUCAGCACGUGUUCUGCGAGGAGUGCCUGUGUUUGUGGUUCGACCGGGAGAGAACGUGUCCACUGUGUCGCUCCACCGUCAUCGAGACCCUGCGAUGCUGGAAGGACGGCACCACUUCGGCUCACUUCCAGAUCUACUGAGCGCUGACAACAUAUCACUCGCACCCAGAAAGAUGUGAUUGUGCUGCAAUGCGAUUUAGACAAUUGAGUGUCAUUUUUGGCUGUUUAUCUUAGUGCGGUAUCUCUUUAAAUCAGGGUAAGCAUAACUACAGUAACACACACUAGGGAACUUUACUUUUAGAGGCUUCUUAAAGAGACAGAGAAAGAGAAAAUAUGUUGAUCACAUUAUUUUCUGUGCGGGCAGGUUGAGCGUCUGGUGAAGCUGGUGGUACGAGCCACAUGCAAAAACCAAAUUAUCAACAUGGUGUCACUUAAAAGAAAGCUUGGACUUUUGUCAGUUUCACAGUUGGACUGUUGUCCUACAGUUAUGACAGCAGUCACCUUUUUGUGUACAUGUAGACUUAGCCGCUGUUGUAAACAUCAUUAUUUUUCACUAAACACAAGAUAAAAGAAUGUUACUUUGCUUUAGUGUGGUGAUAAUGUAAAUAGUCACACUAUUCACUGUAUUUGUUGUAAAUUUGGCACUUUUUUUGCAUACUUUAUGAUCUGGUUAAAGUGUAUUACUCUUCUUUUUAAUUCUACAAUUGGUAUUUAACAUCAUUUUAUUUGGUAUUUAAUUUUGCAAUAUUUAUUUAAAAAUAGGAUGUUCACCCUUUGAACAAAAAGAAAUGUCUCGGAAUGAUUGUAAGUAGAAACUCAGUUCAAACAUUUGUCCUGUCUAUAGGUAAAAACCGGUUCUUGGUUAGGAAACAAUAAGGUUAUUUAGAUAUUGAGUAGUGAACGUAAGGUGGUGUGUGACUGUGACCCAGACUUUACAUCGUGGCAAUUGUUUAUGGUACAAGCAAGGCAUCACAAUCAUAACAUUUUAUAGAUUUGUAUCAAGUGUGGUGAAGAUAUUGAGGAUUUGACUUUCCAUACAUUUACAUUAACAGCAAGAGCUCAUGUCUGAUAAUCUACCAUGUUGCAAACUUAUUUUCAUUGUUCUCUAUGAAUAUUGUUAAUAUGAAUCGUUUCCUUUUAUAAUAAUCCAUCCCGGGUUGCAUAAUGGAACGUGUGACUUAAAUGCAGAAUGCACUGCAGGGUAUUCAGUUUUAAAUUAAAGCACUUUAGCUUACUUUGUCAA